GUACAUGUCUCAUUAGUUAGGGUACAUUCUUGGAAGUAAUUGCUAGUCCACAUUUUGGAACUGCGUACUGGUCUGAUAGCACCCAGGUCGGAGUUUGCUCAGUCAUGCAACAUCGUUAUUUGGUUUGUAAUAUUCUCACAUCUCCAAUUCCCAAGCGACUAUUUCCAGAUUCACCAGCAUCAAAUUCGCAAGUGUCUACAUUUGUAAAUUCAAGUGCUUCAUUUCUAAAGCAGUACAAAAUCCCCUAACGUAGUCCACAUGUCCAAAUUUCUGGGUUCAGUCUCCAUACUCCCAAGUUGUCAUCCUAGUUUCCACAUAUGCAAAUUUUCGUAUCCAAAAUGAUCACAUUGCUCAUCUUCAAGAAAAGGAAAACUAGUUUGACUACUCCCCUCUUUCAAACAAACCGAGGGUAUAACUUGCCCGUUCGAGGAGAACAUCUUACAGUCUGUUGUAACAAAACCAAAGGAAACUGAAUUCUGAUUCGACACGAAGACAUUUAUGUUGGAAAUAAUGAAAUACAUGUUUGGAUACUUGUUGCUGUUGUCGGUGAUAGUGACUAUUGCGAUCUGUGAUGAUCCUGAAUACGUUACGGUUACUGAAGACAGUAUAGAUCCUCAAGACACUACGUAUCCUGAAGACAGAACGGAUCCUGAAGAUAGUAUAGAUCCUGAAUAUGUUACGGUUCCUGAAGACAGUACAGAUCCUCAAGACACUACGGAUCCUGCAGAUAGUGUAGAUCCUGAAGGGAGUAUGUAUCCUGAAGACAGUAUGGAUUCCGAAGACAGUAUAGAUUCUGAUGAUAAUACGAAUCCUGAGGACAGUACGGAUCCUGAACACAAUAUGGACCCUGAAAACAAUACAUAUUCUGGAAAAAUUGAGCUUGUAGAUACCGCAGCCAUAGUCACACGGGAGAGACUUUGCCCAAAGGGAACCAAGAAGGGUCUCGCAGCUUUAUGUCGACUCAUCUUCGAUUUUGACUCGGAAGAAUCAGACGCCAUGGAGAAGAAAUAGCUGCACCAUCCCGCUAUCGAAAUUUGGAUUCUGCAUUAUAAAUGUUCGGAGAAAUUGGCUAGCGAAUAAAACAGGAGUUCGAGGGAGAAGAUACGGCAGUAAUUAAUUAACUGAAACCGUUAUAUAGAAAUGUUUGAUUGAAACUGACACGAAGUGUUCUGGUAAGAAAACUAUUAAUAACAAGGUUUUCGUUAAAUUGCGCUGAAAAAUGUAUAUUAUGUAUUAAAGCAAAUAAAUCGUUUAUUUAUAACUUGUACAAAUAAAUGAUAUGGUGAGGGGAAAUUGUACCAAAAGAAUAAUAAUUCUAUUUUUUGUUUAA